AAAGAAGACAGCAUCCACCAGUUGAGUUCCAUAAGCAGCCCUCGGAUUUGUUCAGCUUCUUGUUACCGCAAGCAGAAACCCUAAGUGUCCUUUACUCAAUUCACUGCCAUGGAUAAUAUUGAAGAGGACAUCAAGGCACUGCAGCUCGACUCAUCCGAAGAUAACGUGAUGGUUAACGUGGAAGACGGAAAACCCGAGGAAGCUAUAAAACCUGAAAAAACUAAUGGAGAGGAUAGUGCCAUGGCGGAAGAGAGGGAGGCAGGCGAUGAUGAAAAACCGGAUAUGCCAGAAGAUGAGUUGAAAGAUGAAGCACAUCCGGACUUAGAGCCAAAGAAUGUUGAGCCAAAGGGUAUUGCUGGCAAAGAAGCUUCACCCCCAGAAGAUAUUCAAGAUGAGGUUGAAGUCAAUAAAAAGAGACACCUGAAUGUGGUAUUUAUUGGUCAUGUGGAUGCUGGAAAGUCAACAAUUGGAGGACAAAUACUAUUACUUAGUGGUCAAGUUGAUGACCGUACUAUACAGAAGUACGAGAGAGAAGCAAAGGAUAAAAACAGAGAGAGCUGGUAUAUGGCCUAUAUAAUGGAUACAAAUGAAGAGGAGAGGGUGAAGGGAAUAACAGUUGAAGUAGGAAGAGCACAUUUUGAAACAGAUACUACAAGAUUUACAAUUCUGGAUGCCCCGGGUCAUAAGAGCUAUGUUCCCAAUAUGAUCAGUGGAGCAUCUCAAGCCGAUAUAGGCGUGCUGGUUAUAUCGGCUAGAAAGGGUGAAUUUGAAACUGGAUAUGAAAGAGGUGGGCAAACACGUGAACAUGUUCAACUGGCAAAGACUCUAGGAGUUACAAAGCUUCUUGUUGUUGUAAAUAAGAUGGAUGAUCCUACUGUCAAUUGGUCUAAAGAAAGGUACGAUGAGAUCGAGUCAAAAAUGGUUCCAUUCUUGAGGUCGUCUGGGUACAAUGUCAAGAAAGAUGUUCAGUUCCUUCCAAUCUCUGGGCUUUUGGGUUCAAAUCUGAAAACUAGAAUGGAGAAAAGUGUAUGCCCAUGGUGGAAUGGUCCAUGUCUCUUUGAAACCCUUGAUGCUGUCGAAGUUCCACCUAGAGAUCCUAAUGGUCCACUAAGAAUGCCUAUUAUUGACAAAUUCAAAGACAUGGGAACUGUCGUUAUGGGUAAAAUUGAGUCUGGGAGCAUACGUGAAGGUGAUAAUCUACUGAUUAUGCCAAAUAAGGCUGCUGUAAAAGUUCUUGCCAUAUUCUGUGAUGAAGACAAAGUAAGGCAUGUUGGUCCUGGGGAAAACGUACGUGUCAGGUUAUCUGGAGUAGAGGAAGAUGACAUUUUGUCAGGCUUUGUCUUGUGCAGUGUUGCAAAGCCAAUACAUGCAGUUACUGAGUUUGUUGCACAGUUACAGAUCCUUGAGCUGUUGGACAAUGCUAUUUUUACUGCUGGCUACAAAGCUGUGUUGCACAUCCAUUCUGUGGUUGAGGAAUGUGAGAUUGUUGAACUGAUGCAGCAGAUUGAUUUAAAGACAAAGAAACCUAUGAAGAAAAAACCUCUGUUUGUAAAGAACGGUGCUAUUGUUUUAUGCCGUGUUCAGGUGAAUAAUCUGAUAUGUGUAGAGAAGUUCUCCGACUUUGCACAACUUGGACGAUUCACUCUUCGCACUGAAGGGAAAACUGUUGCUGUGGGGAAAAUUACUGCACUGCCUACUGUUGCUGAUAAUGCAUAAGCAACCUGAUAACUUAAAAGGUGGAGAUGGUUUCUUUUUGUUGGUACUUCACAUAAACCUUUUUGGUUGAUGAAUGAUGAUAAGAGCGUAGAUACGACAAAGAUAGCCAUGCUUCCAGUUGUGACAUUCUAGAUAUUAUCUAAUCAAACUGAGUUAAGAGGAUUGAGCCUUUUUUGAUUUUUUGAGUUUUGCAUUCAUCGAUGUAUUCCUGGAACAGUUGCUUUUACAAUCCAGUUUGAAGCUGAUGAUCACUCACACGACCCCUUACUAUUUGAACAGUCUUCAGAGGCAAGAUGAGCAUAAAAGGUUUUAAUUGCACACUGACAGAGCAGCAGCAACACCAGAAACUUAUGGUUCUCAGCAGCAUUUAUUGGAAGAGAAGUUGGUCCAUCUUUCAGAUACGCACACAAGUAUUCAUGAGUUUGGAGUCUUGCGUAGCAUGGUAUUGUUUGAUAUUUUUUACUUUUUACUAGCAUCCAAUGAUGUAUUGUUAUCUAGAACAGUGUCCAGUAUGAGAUUAUUUGGUUAUUAUACACUUUGCCCAUCAUGAUUUUUGCACUAAAAUUUUGGCGAAACUUGAGCUUAUACACCUUGCACUAAGAUAUUGAGAUCUUUAUUUUUUCCAGGC